AUGCUUCCCAUUAGAAAACACAAGUCUGGAGCUCAGAAGAGAAAAGAAAAGGAACGACAAGAAGCAUUAACUCAAUCUCUAGCUGGAUUACUUGAUAAGUAUUUUGGGGGAAACAAAAAAGCAGAAACGUCAGUUCAAAAUGUGGUGAAUGAUCAGGAAGAUGAGCAUAAUAAUGAACAACAUGAUGAACCCAUGAAUGCUCAUGAGAAUCAUGGUGAAGAAGAAAGAGAGCAUAUGAUUGACACUGAGAAUGAAGAUCAACUCAUGGAUGAGGAAGGUAAUGAUAGUAUGGAUCAAGAUGUCCCAAAUGCAGAUUUCAAUGAGCAAAUUAACUUUCCUUUGAAUGUUGAUGACCCAGGUAAUUGGGAUAAGAUUGACUACAAUAUCAGAGACUUUUUGGUUGAAAGAGGUCCUCAAAGAGACCAUGAUUACAAUUUUCCCAAAGAUAGUAGAGGCAGACAUUUUUCUUCAGAACAUUUCUUUCGAUAUUUACCAAAUGGCGAGAAGCAAGACCGAAAUUGGCUAGUGUAUUCAGAGUCUCUAGAUAGAAUAUUUUGCUUUUGUUGCAAGUUGUUUAAGAAGGAUGAGCAGAAAAUUAAUUUGGGCAACAUAGCUGGUGUAGGAUACAAAGAUUGGAAGAACCUUGGUCGCAGGCUUAAGGGUCAUGAAACAAGUAAUGUGCAUGCUUAUUGUAUGAGUAGAUGGAUUGAAUUGAAAAAGAGACUACAAAAGAAUCAGACAAUUGAUAAAAGCUGGCAAGAACAGAUUACGAAAGAGAAAGAGCAUUGGAGACAAGUAUUACUCAGGAUAAUUGCUGUUGUCAAAAGACUUGCAAAAAAUAAUUUGGCAUUUCGUGGAGAUAGUGAGAAGCUUUAUGUGGAGAAUAAUGGAAUUUUUUUGCAAAUGAUUGAGAUGCUUGCUGAAUUUGAUCUAACAAUGCAAGAGCAUGUUCGACGCAUUCAAAGUCAUGAGACACACUACCAUUAA